UAUUACAAGAAUCUGUAUGGAGGAGGAAGGAGGGGAGGUAGAGGCGGAGGAAGAGGUGGUUAUCAGCAAAGGAACAACUACAGGGGUGGAAGACCGGAUUCUGCUUCGUACCACAGGGACUAUGAGGGCUCAAGAACCUCGGAGGAUCUGGCUUACAUACUUGCUGAUUUAGAAGGAAAAAGCUACAAGGCCUACCAUGAUAUUUUAGGUUGCUGGACUUUCCCAACUUUUAAACUCCAUGCAGAGAAGAUACAGAGUGACCCUUUUGCUCCCCCAUCACUAUUUAGAGUCAUUAUGGAUCAAGAGGUGGCAAAAUACCCAGACUUUACCUACAGCUCUCAUAUUCAGCAGAUAGCAACUGGUGAUUACUUAACGAGGAAGUUUUCUAAUCUUGUGCGACAUGGAGGACAUGACAAGGAGCUGAGCGGCGGCGGUGAAGGAUGGCAUGGCAAGAAAGGAGGGAACUUGAAUAUCGAAACACCAUGUCAACAUGUCCUUGAAAGAACUUCUUGUCUUGUAAAACCUGACAGUGUUGAGCUGAGGUUCACAGUCUCUCUGCCAGCACGGGGAAGAUCCAUUGAAGGACAUGUCUGCAAAAGGAUUCUUACAGAAAAUCUUCCCCAAAUCAUUGAAAAGGCAGUGCCAUACAGUAGCCAGGAUCAAGCAGCACUAAAGAAGCAUGUUGAAUGUGUUGAAGACCAGGAGUACCUUCGCAGUCAGCUGUCUGCUGCCAAUCUUGUGGCAUUUGUUAGAGAUGGUGCUGUCCUGCCUCGCAUGAGUGGUGCAGAUGACAGGCCCAUGGGCAUGUCAAAUGUCACACUGUUUAAUAGUCCUGAGAGUCUGAGAGUGGAAUUUGAUUUGCCACAUACUGGAAAGGUGUCUGGCAUGGGAAUCCCCAAAGGUGUAACACUGAUUGUAGGCGGCGGUUUUCACGGCAAGUCCACCCUGCUGAAUGCUAUCCAGUUUGGAGUUUAUAAUCACAUUCCUGGUGACGGACGUGAGUUUGUUUGUACUGAUCCGACAGCAUUCACGAUACGAGCUGAAGAUGGCAGGAGCAUAGAGAAAGUUGACAUCCGUCCAUUUAUAAACAACUUACCGUUUGGUCGAGACACGAGCAGGUUUAGUACCCAGGACGCCAGUGGCUCGACUUCUCAAGCCGCGAAUAUCAUAGAAGCCUUGGAAACUGGGAGCAAGUGCCUGCUGAUUGAUGAGGAUACGAGCGCUACGAAUUUUAUGAUUCGAGAUGCCCGGAUGCAGCAGCUAGUGGCCACUGAAAAAGAACCAAUUACACCGUUCAUAUCCAAGGUUCGCAGUCUGUAUGAAGACUUUGUUGUUUCGUCCAUUCUUGUAAUUGGAGGUUCGGGGGAUUAUUUCCAGGUUGCUGAUCACGUGGUCAUGAUGGAUUGUUACUCAUGCCGUGACGUUACGGAUAAAGCGAAGGCUAUUGCUUUGGAGCACAGCCAGACCAAUGCUCAAUGCCAAGCCGCCUUUGUUAUGCCAACGCCGCGGAUCCCAAUCGCUGAUAGUUUUGAUGCCACAAGAGGAGAUAGAGAAAAGGUCAGAGUAAAGGGUAAGACACAGUUCGGUUUCCAAGUUCAGUUUGGUCAUGAAGAAAUCGAUCUGUCAUAUAUUGAGCAGCUUGGAGAGUAUAGUCAAACAAGGGUUAUAGCAGACGCCAUCUUAUACGCUCGGGAUAAAUAUAUGGAUGGAAACCGGUCGCUCUUAGAAGUGCUUCAAAAGGUUGAACAAGACUUCGACUCUGAAGGACUGGACGUUCUUAGUCCCAGAAUUCUUCUAGGCUCCUAUUCUCGUCCCAGACUCCAGGAGAUCGCCGCAACCAUCAAUCGCUUGAGAGUGUUGGCAAUGAAAUGAGUUGGGGGAAACGAUUCGUUGGCAGAAAAAGAAAGACAAGCAUGGAACUGGCAAUUGGAGAGCCAAGGCUGUGAAUGCUCGUUACUAGUUGCAAAACCUCUCUUAGUUUCAACAACGGCGCGAGUCUGCCAAAAUAAGCUUGAAUUAGGCCGGGUUUCAAGGAAAAUAGUCAUUAUCGGCUUUGUCAGUUUGUGUUCCCGAACGAACUCACUUGGUACAAAGAAAGACCACCAAUCACAAUUCAGUGCGCCCGCCGUUUCUGUGACGGGUUGCUCAGCAGCACGACGUAAUCUUAUGACGUCAAACUGUCGAAACAACUUAAUUGGACAAACGAUGAACGACGAUUUUCCGAAGCACGAGGAUUUUCCGACAACGCCAAAUGAUGCAAAGGCGUUUAAGUAAGUCUAAGUUCGUCCCGAAUAAACGGUUUCAACUAAUCCUUCAACAGAGUUCAUUAAAAUACGCGUAUACUUUAUUACACGCAAGUUAACGUACAGAUAUAAAGUAAAGUGCAAAUAUCGUAAAUUAAUGGUACCAGUCAAUUAACCCUAACUCCAACCCUAACCCUAAAGAAUGUAAAUAGGAUAAGUUGAACGUUCAUGUUGCCUAAGAAAUUAUACAUUUCUCGAUAAGA